UAGUACCAAUUUCUUACACGCCCACAAUCAAUGUUAACUAGAUCUCAAUCUGUAUUAUAAUUGUUAUAAAUAAUAUUCUUGUGUUCUCACAAAGUAAUGCUAAUGCAUGCAUGCGUGUGUGUUUUAAAGUACGGAAUAUUAUUAUUAUUACACUGCAUUAAUCAGAGAAGCUGAAUUGCUUUUAUAUUGUAUCCCACAACUCAAAUUUCUCAUUUUACACUUGGUAUACAAGCUUAGAUAAUUUUUGUUAUUGUACUUGUAAUGCACAUGUUUUGUUGUUGUGUCAUAGUUUUAUAAGGUAUAUGGGAAAAGAAAAAGAAUCAUUUUUCUUUUUUGUUUCUGUCUUCACAUAUUCUGUCAUUGAGCUAAUUGUUCCAUGCUUUCCCAUCCUCAUUCCUAAAAUCUCCCAACUCUCAUAAUUUCCAAGUAUUUUCCACAAUCGAACAUAGUUUUCUUUUUUCGAAGAAACGGUGCUUUGUGUCUUUCCCUCAUUCAAUUGUAGUUAGCGACACAAAUUUCUAUUUAGAUAUUAAAAGCAAUCGAUGAAAUGGAGCAGUGUGAUUUGCCACAGGCGUUCCGUCUUUUAGGCGAAAUGAACGCCAAUGUAACACAGGUGAAUCAGCUUGUGGACAACAUGCUGGCAAGGGUAAAAAGUGGAGAAAUAUCGACGGACAAGGGUCUAAGUUUCCUGGAGAUGAAGUAUCACAUGCUUCUCUCCUAUCUCAUAAACCUGACCUAUGUCGUCCUGAGGAAAUGCUCGGGAGAAAAGAUCGAGGGCGAUCCAUCAAUAGACCGUCUCGUUGAGAUAAGGACCGUCCUUGAGAAAAUUCGACCCAUUGAUCAUAAACUUAAGUACCAGAUAGACAAGCUCGUUAAAACUGCUGUGACUGGUGCUGCCAGCGGAGAUGAUCCAGCCAACUUCAGGGCAAAUCCUGACGCUCUCGUUGGAAAAAUUGAGGCCUCCGAUUUGGACCCGGAUAGCGAAGACGGCGAGGAAAAGGAGAUCACUAAAACUCAAAUCAAGAAGUCCGGCAUUUAUGUACCGCCCAGAUUGGCUGCCGUUCAUUACGAUGGAGAUGAAACAAAUACAGAGAGGCAGCGUAAAGCAGAUAUAAGAGCAAAAAGGCGUGCUGUGUCAGGAGCGGUUCUUAGAGAGCUGAGAGAGGAAUAUCUGGACGCGCCUGCAGAGGACUCGCAGAACCUUGGAGAGAAGCAGGCAAGUCUUGGGUUCGAGAACAAGCGUAAAAUGGAGUACGAGGAGAACUACAUGACUCGUCUUCCCGUCACUAAACAAGAGAGACACCGUCGUCGGCAGGUUACUACGCUUGGAAGUUUGGGUGACGAGAUCACUUCCUUCGGUGGACCUUCGUCCGUUGUAAAGACCGGAAAGAAGAGGAAAGUCCCCAAAGGAAAAGCCAAAAAAAGUUUCAAAAAAAAAAAGCAUUAAUUUGAAAACCUUGAAAGAAACACGCGCGCGCACGCACACACACACACAUACACACACACCCACACACACACACAACACGCACACACAAAACAAGCAAGCCAAACCCACAAAGCCGAGGAUCAUACAGCGGUAACUAUUGAAAUAAACAUAAAGUAAACAUUUUAAAUGAAAGAAGAAGAAAAACGUAACAGUAAUAAUAAUAAUAAUUAAUAAUAAUGAAAAUAAAAUAAACUAUACAUGAAAUUUACUCAGAUAAUCCAACGAGUUGAAUAAAAUGCGCACUGGUUAAUUAAUAGUUUAUCAUUGUAAAGAAAAAAGAAAAUCGAUGAAAUAUCCGUAUUUCACUGAAAAUGACCCAACGAGAUACUCAAAUCUACAAUUUAAUCACUUAUUAUUUAUACGUGAUCAAAUUAAUUAAUAUCGAUAACGUCGUGUAUUCGUACAUAUAUAUAUACUAUAUAUGUAUAUAUUUUAAAGUGUUUCUUAAUUUGGUCGUAUUGAAAUUUCUUCGCGUUUACCCACCAAAAGUAAUCAAUAUAUAUAGAAACAAUCUGGCUAAGUCCCCAAAUUUGUUCAAUAACUGUAACACGCCCCGCCAAGCUAUCGAAUUUUUUUUUAUCGAAAAAUGGAUGCGUUUGAAAAUUUGUCAAGAAAACUGGUUAUUACUUUAAAACUAUAUAUUUUAACAAAUGAAGACAGUUCUCCACUGAUAGCGUGAUAAAUAUUAGAUCUAAGAAAAUUUUAUAAGAGAUCUUUUUUGUAGAGCAUUAAAUUCCCUACAGAAUAGUCAUAUGUAAUAGAAUUUUUUUUUAAGAAUAUGUUGUUUCAAAGUAAUUAAUAGUUUCAUGUAUUUUUUCAUAUAACAAAUUUGACUGCUUGGCGAGGCGUGUUGGAGUUAUCGGUAAAUUCAGGAAUUUAGCCAGUUUUUUCUGUAUAUGUUGAUUAGAUUUGGGGGGCGAGCACGAAGAAAUUCCGACAUGACCAAAAUAAGAACCACCCUCGUAUACAUAUAUAUAAUAUGUGUAUACCUCUGUUUUUAUUUUGGUAUGGUUUUUUAAUUUAUUAUUAUUAUUAUCGAUUACUUAUUAUUUAAGUAAUUAAUUAAUGUAGUAAUGUCAUUAAUAAUAUUACUAUCGGUUCUAAUUGUUAAGAAAGUGAUUCUGAAAGAGGGAUAAGGAGGGAAAAUGAGAAGGAGAAUGAAAGAUGAACAGAGAGAGAAGGCUAAAAUCUUUGAUUGUAAUUUUUUAUUUGCUGACAUUUUUGCCAAAUCUUAUUUUCCACGUAUUUUUUCUUGUCCUAGAUUUUUUUUUUUUUUUUAAUCCGUAAUUACAAUACAUCGAACAAUAACGAAUCGAAUAAUUCUGUCACUAUAUGACAUUAACUAUAAAUUAACAAAAAGAAAAAAAAAAACAUGAUUGAAUAACAAAUAUUAAAGCUUUCUCUCUCAGACAGAAUGGGAAAAAGAGAACGAAACAAUUCAUAAAUUGCAAAAAAAGAAGAAAAAGUAUAUGUAAACGUAUACUGACUCCAUUUGAUCGUUAAUCGAUCGAUUUUUUACGCAGGAGGUGGAC